AUGGAGAUGAAGAUGAAGAGGCAUUUGGAAUUUUUGCAACAAGGGCUUUCAAAGGAAGGAGUUGGUGUAGAAGAGGAUGGGGAGGAAAGAGACGAUGAUGAUGAGACUGAUGAAGAUGAAGAGACCAAGGAAGACGACGAAACUGAUGAGAAUCCACAAAGCAAUGUAAAUUCUGAUUUAGAAAGUGAGAGUGAAAAAAAAGUUGUUGUCAAUUCCGAUGAAUCUUCCGAAUCAAAAAGCGAUAGCUAUAAUGAUGAUGAUGAUUCUGGUCCGGAUUCUGAUUUUGGGAACCAACAAGAAGGAAGUCAAGAAGCAAGUGAAGAUUCAUCCAUGUUCCGUAUGAAAAUUUCUGACUAA